AUCAGUGAAAAGUUCACAAUGGUUCGCAUUACAAUCUACUUGGCUCUCUUUGCCAUCUUGGGCAUUUCUGCCUACUCUGCAGAGCUCCCUCAGGAGUUGCCUGCUGAAGUGAAAGUCGUUGAGAGAAUUGAAGAUUUUUUGAGUGAGAAUCCCGGAGAGGCGCUCGUGGAGCUUCAGCCAGAGCUGAGGGCUCAGACUCGGUUCUACACACUCGGAAGACGCGUAUCCGGGGAUCGUCAUGUGGCUUACGCCAGAGGAGUCAACAGUUAUCCUUCUCUGAGGGAUGUAACAGCCACAGUUCGCUACUCUGGAGCCAUUAUCACCUACAUUCAAGUGUCCGUUACGCAGACAUCCAAUUUAGGCAGAGUCUAUACGACUUCUGGAGGAAUUGGCCAGAGAUCCAUUGUGUUCGUGGUGGAAGCCAGGAGUACCUUGCAAUUCAACUACAAUGUUGAUAUCUACGGCAGGAACUAGAUAAGAUAUCCAUAAACUAUGCUUUUUGUACUUUAGUUCUUAAGCUUUUUUUCUAAUGUAUUUCCUCGAAGAAUAAAGAAUUUUUACGUCACUAUAAUAGGAUUGUAUUACGGAGAGAAUGGGAAUCUCACAAGGGAAGUACUCGAGUCAUUAAUUCCAUAUUCGUCUGGGGCUUUGCUCAACUACGCAGAAAGGCAUCAAAUUAAACGUGGUAUGUAUAUUCAAAAAGUGCGAAAUCGGGUUAAUUUUUUUUUAAAAAAUUCCCCAAAGUUGAAAAUGACACCUUACGCAGCACAUAAUAAAGAAAAUUCGUAUGAGACUGCAUGAAGCGCUGGCUCAGCGGUACAGCACAGACGUUCAACGGGAGUGCCGCGGGUUCGAUCCCUGGCUCCGUCUUUUUUUUUCCUGUUGAUAUGUUUUUUUCAAUUAAGAAUUCUAUUCUUUAUUAAGUGCAUUAAGUAGUAUUAUUGUAGUGUAAAUUGCUUAUCUAGAAUGCUGAAUUAAAAUCCUCAACAAAUUUUUAAAAGCGAUGAAAGUGCAUCCCGUAAUUCAUCAAAUAAUCAAUUUACUAGUAGAAAAAUAAAAAAAAAAACUGUAUGUACUUACAAUCAGCUAUUUGAGGAUCGUUGUGAAUAUUAUUUAAAGUUUUUAUUGAAAUUUUAUAAAAGAUUAGAAAGGUCGAAGACCCAAACCAAUUUUUUUUUUUUUGGAAAAAUCAUUUGGAAACCUGCACUGAAACUGAUUGUGAAAGUAUAUCUUUCAUUCGAUGUGCACAUUGUGAUUGCACUCUCUGAAUGGAGAAACUUCAUGCUUAGUAAAAAUAAUUUUGAAUACAUCAACCGCCAUAGUGUUUGGCAGCUGUCACCUGGAUAACGAAGUGCCGGAUAACGAAAAUAGCUGUGUGUAUAUUAUUGCAAAAAUAAAUGAAUUGAAUAAA